GGAGAAGAAGGUGGUGGCUGGAAGGAGAGAGAAAGAGGGCCACGAGGGCUGGCUGGGCAAUUGGGCCAAGGCUCCAGAAGCCCGGCGAGGUAAGGGCGGCGCAGCGGGGCUUGUCCCUGCCUGCCUGCCUCGGCCUCCAUUCCACCUUCCCUCCGCUGACACAGCGCCAAAGCACCAUGUCAAGCAACAGAGCCCGAACAAAGAAAAAAACACAGGUGGUGGACCAGUCUAAUGAUAACCUUCCUCUGAGAAGUUCGGGAAGACAGGUAAGGAAGAAGGCUGCAGAGGCUGCUGAAGAUGAUGAAGAUACAUCAGAGAAGAAAUAUCGGAAGUGUGAAAAAGCAGGAUGUACUGCAACAUGCCCAGUUUGCUUUGCCAGUGCUGCUGAAAGGUGUGCUAAAAAUGGAUAUACAUCAAGAUGGUAUCACCUUUCCUGUGGAGAACACUUCUGUAAUGAGUGUUUUGAUCAUUACUACAGAAGCCAUAAGGAUGGCUAUGAGAAAUACACUGCCUGGAAAAGGAUUUGGACCAGCAAUGGAAAAAGUGAACCCAGCCCUAAAGCUUUUAUGGCUGACCAACAGCUCCCUUACUGGGUCCAGUGCACAAAGCCAGAGUGUGGGAAGUGGCGUCAGUUGACAAAGGAAAUCCAGCUUACCUCACAGAUGGCCGAAACCUACCGGUGUGGCACAAAACUGAACAAUUCCACCAAGGUAGAAGGCUCAGAUCAGUGCGCCAUGCCCGAGGAUCUGAGGGUUGCUGAGGUUUCCGACCACUGGUGGUAUUCCAUGCUCAUCCUCCCACCAUUGCUGAAGGACAGUGUGGCGGCUCCUUGGCUCUCAGCGUACUACCCAGACUGUGUGGGCAUGAGCCCUUCUUGUACAAGUACCCACCGUUUGAUAGGUGAAUCUAAUGCUGUGAAAAUGGAGCAUUUAAAGACUCCUCCUACUAUAGCUGGGAUGAACAAAUACUUCCAGCCUUUCUAUCAGCCAAAUGAAUGCGGCAAAGCCCUGUGUGUAAGACCAGAUGUAAUGGAACUGGAUGAACUCUAUGAUUUUCCAGAAUAUUCACGAGAUCCUACCAUGUACCUCGCACUGAGAAACCUCAUCCUGGCUCUGUGGUACACUAACUGCAAAGAACCUUUAACUCCUCAGAAAUGUACCCACCACAUCAUUGUUCGUGGCCUUGUGCGUAUUCGCUGUGUAAGAGAAACAGAGCGCAUCCUUCAUUUUAUGACCAGGAAAGGUCUGAUUAAUACGGGGGUUUUGGCAGUCAGUCGAGACCAGCCUCUUCUUCCCAAGGAAUACCACAAUAAAUCUGUAAUUGUGGUUGGGGCUGGUCCAGCAGGAAUAGCAGCUGCAAGGCAACUUCAGAACUUUGGCAUUAAGGUCAUGGUGCUUGAAGCCAAGGACAGAAUAGGAGGAAGAGUGUGGGACGAUAAGACUUUCAAGGGAAUGACUGUAGGAAAAGGAGCACAGAUUGUUAAUGGCUGUGUCAACAAUCCGGUAGCACUAAUGUGUGAGCAAAUGGGCAUCAAAAUGCAUAAAAUUGGAGAGAAAUGCGACCUGAUCCAGGAAGGAGGAAGGAUAACUGAUCCCACCAUAGAUAAGCGGAUGGACUUCCAUUUCAAUUCUAUUCUCGAUGUUGUUGCUGAUUGGAGGAAAGAUAAAAACCAGCAUCAGGAUAUUCCUCUUGGAGAUAAAAUCCAAGAGAUCUAUAAAGUUUUUAUUCAGGAAUCUGGUAUCCAGUUCAAUGAACUUGAGGAAAAAGUCCUUCAAUUUCAUAUUAGUAAUCUUGAAUAUGCCUGUGGCAGCAACCUCCAUAAGGUUUCAGCACGUUCUUGGGAUCACAAUGAAUUCUUUGCUCAGUUUGCUGGUGAUCAUACCCUUUUGAGCUCAGGAUACUCUGCCAUAAUUGAAAAAAUGGCUGAAGGCCUGGACAUUCGAUUAAAAGUCCCAGUCCGCAGUAUCAACUACUCAGGGGAGGAGGUCCAAGUGACUUCAACAGAUGGGACUUUGUGGACAGCACAGAAGGUUUUAGUUGCUGUACCUCUGACUAUUCUUCAAAAAGGUGCUAUUCAGUUUAACCCAGCCUUGUCUGAGAGGAAAAUGAAAGCUAUCAAUAGCUUAGGAGCAGGAGUCAUUGAGAAGAUUGCAUUACAGUUUCCUUAUAGAUUCUGGGACAGCAAGAUUCAAGGAGCAGAUUACUUUGGCCAUAUUCCGCCUAGUUCCAACAAACGUGGACUCUUCAGUGUUUUCUACGAUAUGGAUCCACAGCGUAAAUGUAGUGUUCUGAUGUCAGUAAUUACUGGUGAUGCUGUGGCAACUAUUAAGAACCUAGAUGAUAAACAAGUUGUACAGCAAUGUAUGGCUGUACUCCGUGAGCUAUUUAAGGAACAGGAAGUUCCUGACCCAGUCAAGUACUUCAUUACACGGUGGAACAAAGACCCUUGGAUCCAAAUGGCGUAUAGUUUUGUAAAGACAGGGGGAAGUGGUGAAGCUUAUGAUAUCAUUGCUGAGGACAUACAAGGAAAGAUCUUCUUUGCUGGCGAGGCCACAAACAGACACUUUCCACAGACUGUUACUGGAGCUUAUUUGAGCGGUGUUCGAGAAGCAAGCAAAAUAACUGCAUCUUGAAAACUAAAUCAGAGUUUACAGAUUUUUAUUUUUUACAACUUGCUACUGUUCAGACCCAUCUUUCAGGAUUACUUUCCAUGAUGCAAUUGGUGCUUAAAAUCUUUUGCUACCUAAGAGACAAUCUCUUUUGCGAGGAAGAAGAGGAUUUGUUUUUUCCCCCUUUUUUGUUUUGACUUUUGAGAGGAUAAGGCUGGUUAAAGUUUGACCAGUGCAGCAUCUGAAGGAGCAAAUGCUUUACAGAAGUGUUGGCAGACCACCUUCGGCUCUGGAUUUUCCUUUUUGUGGUACAUUUAAGGGAUUUAAUUCUAUAUUAUAAAAGACUGGGAUACUGUAUUUUGAAAAGUUGUGGAUUGACUAUGAAUAGUACUUCUGUCAUCAAGGACAGAUUGAUAGGAAUCAUUGUACUGUGUGUUUCAGACCAUGCUUUAACAAAGAUGUGUGUAUUUGUUUUAAACUAAGCUGCUGGAGAAGUUGAAAAAUAGUCCUAGGGCUUUUGAUAGUAUCUCGUUACUUUAAAACUUAUAAAUCCCUAUUUUGGGAAUCCUUCUUUUUGAAUUCACCCACAGAAAUGUCAUAAAAAUACUUCUUGUGGAUAUACUAGGAUGUUUAGUAUCUGCUAGACAUCUGGAUUAGUAAAAAUGUUACAUUUGAGAUUAUUUCCAUUUGGUCCAGUGGGAUUUCUACAUUGAAAUUGACCAAGUUUGUAGACCCAUAAUUGUAAUUUGUAGAUCCAUAAUUGUGAAAGCAUGGCCAAGUGAAUGAGGGAGCAUUUUUUUUACCGAAAAACAAGGUCAGAAGAUUGCUUUUUGUAGAAAAUUAAAGACAUGGAACCAUCCAGAGACGGUUAAGCAUUGCUUUUAAUGGCAGAAUAUAAGUUGCUUUACAGCUGCCCUGCUGAAAUUAAUGGUACUUCAAAGUACUUCACAGCAGCACAUUGGACCCUUAGUUGUAAAAACCAAGUCUGUGGUCAAAAUUCUAAGUUAAAGAAAAUCAGUAUACUGAAGCAGUGUACUAAGUUACUGAAACUUUCAUGGUUAAAGAUAUUCAUGUGUUCAAACAGAUCUUUUAUCGUUUUAUUACUUACAGUACUUUCCUCCCCCUUAAAAAUAACUUGGGAAUAGAAGCAUGGGCAACAAUUCUGCAUUACUUUCCAAAGAAACCCUCAGAAAAUCUGUGGUUUGGAAACUGUUCUCAUCUUUUAUGUUUUGCUAUAAGAAACCAAAUAGGUAAUUGUUUUUUUGAAACAUAUACAUCCCUAAAUAGGUUUGUUUAUACAAAAACUGUUUUAGGAUGGGACAAAUUGAAAAGAGUUGUUGUGUUAUGAAACCUUCCAGGUUCCCUUUAGCUGAACUGCUGGUAUUUAUGUAAGUGUUGGAUAAGUGGAGUAUGGUCACAAGAAACCUUUAGUAAGAAAUGUAAAAUGUGAAUAUGGGAUGGUGGUGCUUAUUUUUCUGUAUUUCUUGUUGAAUUCGUCAAAUGGGAAAAAAGUGAGUAUACUUGGUUAGGACAGGCUCACUGUUCCAUAUCCAAAAUUAUUAUUCUUUGCAUUAAGCAUGUUGUAUGUUGACAAGCAAAUAAAAAUAAAACCAAAAAUUGAGAUUUCCACUAGAAAUACAGGGGCUGCACUUGAGCUGAGAUUAUGUAGGCAUGGGUAAGUAAGCAUUUUUAGUAAUUAGCAUUAAGGCAAAAUUGGGAGUCAUACUGUGAAACCUUUAAACUAUAAAUACCUGUAAAUCAUUGCAUUAUAAACCUGUUUAAACAACAAAAGCACCUAUUGAUAAUAGAAAGAAAAAUGUGUUCAAACAUGGAAACUGCUUUUUUAACAUUUAUUUAAGGUAUCUGAACUGUCAUUCAGGAAUACAGUGGGUUCAUUUUUAAGAUUUGAUCCCAAAGCAAUUUUUUUAAAAAACAAUUCUGAAACAAAGGUUUAAGAUGCUCAUUUUUAUUAUGUAUAUACAAUGUAUGCCUUUUAAAUCUAGGAAAAUAUUUUUAAAAGGCAAUUUUUUUUGCAGUGGAGCAUGGUAUGUAAGGUGAUUUAAAGACAAUGCAAUAAAAACUGGAAAGUGUUCCUUCA